AACUUCAACGAGCAAACAGAGAACAGUUUUCCACGAACUCUUUAAACGAACGCAACGUAGCAAAUUCGCACGUGUGUGAUUUUCAAAUCAAAUUGCCACCCCCCAAAAAAGUGAUAAGAAAAAAACACAAAAGAUUUGAAUGGUCUAAAAAAGAAAUGGCUUAAUAAAAUUGUCAAUAACAAAAAAGAUCCAUAUAAAUGCAAAAAUGAAAAAUUAAAAAAAAUAUACCACCAUAACAAUAAAUCAAAUUGAAAACAAAAAUGUUAAAGUCGAGUGAAUCAUUUGCGUUUCUACUGAUAUUGGUAGCAACAGCAGCUAUCUUUUCAAGUUCUCCGGUGAAAUGUGAUAAAGUCAAAACGGUCAGUCUGACCAAUUGGAAUUUAAGUAAUGAAAAUAAAACCAUCACUUUAAAUGGAUUGAAAUCACCCAUUGGUGUGUAUAGUGCCCUCAGAAAUCUCUAUGGCGAUGUUUUAUAUUCCAAGAACGAUGAAGCUUUACGUUGGAUUGCCAAAGACUCCUGGACAUUUUCAACAACAUUUAGUGCUACCCUUGAUGUCAAUACCAAACUGAAUCUGACCUUCCAUGGCAUCGAUACGGUUUCGACAAUACGUUUGAACAAUAAAAUUCUCGGUUUAACGGAUAACAUGUUUAUCCGCUAUUCGUAUGACAUCACGACAUUGCUACAACCGGAAAAUGUUUUGGAAAUUGAAAUUAGAUCACCCAUACAGGUGGCCAAGGAACGAGCCGGGGAUUUAAUGGCCAAGGGUUUUAAUGCUCCACCUAAUUGUCCGCAUGUACGCGAGAAUGGUGAAUGUCAUCGUAAUAUGUUGCGGAAAAUGCAAAUGAGUUUCGGUGGUAAUUGGAAUUUGGCAGCGCCAUCCAUUGGCCUCUGGAAACCUGUCGAAUUGGAGUACUAUGAAGUGGCCAUUAUGCGAGAUGUUGAUGUGGCCAUGCGUCGCAAUGACACCCAUUGGACGUUGGAUAUACGUGUUUUCCUCACCACGGGUGUAAGGCAGAAUUUCUAUGCCGAAUUGUUGUUUAUUGCAGCAGAACUUUUAGAUACACCCCUAACCUUGAAUCGACGCAUGAUUUUGUAUAACUCCCCACUGAUUGAAUUCCAGGUGCAUAUUCCCAAGGAUAAAAUCAAAUUGUGGUGGCCCAAUGGCUAUGGUGAACAAAAAUUGUACCCGCUAUACUUUGUCGCCAAGUGCUAUACGGAAAUUAAUGGUCCCACUCUUCGAUCGAAGACAAAGUCCCAAAAAACUAUCAACAUUGGUUUUCGUACCAUUGAACUUGAGGAGGAUUUAGAUGAUUAUGGUCGCAACUUCUAUUUCAAAGUUAAUGAUCAGCCGAUUUUUGUUAAGGGUGCCAGUUAUGUGCCCUCACACAUACUGCCAGAGCACUCGUCUAAGGAAUCGAGUUUGGAGCAUAUUAUCAAAUCGGCAAAGGAAACUCACUUGAAUAUGAUACGAGUCUGGGGUGGAGGUCUCUACGAAUCGGAUACCUUCUAUAAUUUAACCGAUCACUAUGGCCUGCUGGUGUGGCAGGAAAUGGCAUUUUCAGGCGCUACAUAUCCCAUGUCAAAUAAAGACUUUGUGGAAUCGGUCCGCGUCGAGGUCUAUCAAAAUGCCAAACGUUUGGCUUUUCAUCCUAGCUUUGCCAUGAUUGUAACAAACGAUGAAAUUGAAUGGUAUUUAAUGAAAAAUAAAACUGAAUUUGGAGAUGAUUCGGAACGUUUGGAGGAUGAAUAUCGUCAAUUGUUUAUGGGUACCAUUCGUCACGAGCUGAAUGUGAUAUCACGUAAUGAUUUCAAUCCGCGAGCUGGGCCAAUGAUAUCCACGCCCUCUAUGGGUGUGGAGGAGAGUAAAAAAGAUUUAUCCACUGAACCACAAAAUCCGAAUUAUGGUGAUGUUCAUUUCUGGGACGAUGAAAAAGAUCUCUGGGAUCCCGAUAUAUAUCCAAGGGCUCGAUUUAUAACGGAAUACGGUUUCCAAAGUCUACCCAUACGAUCGUCAUGGAAUCGCACAAUGUAUCCCGAUGAUGAGAUAGCCGAUAUUGUUGUCCACAGACAACAUGAUCCCAAAGGUUUUACACCCAUAACAAAAAUGAUAUCCCGACAUUUUCGCCUACCUGCAACAGUAUCCGAAGAGAAUAUCGAUAAACUAAUCUAUUUGAGUCAAAUAACACAGGCUAUGGCCGUGAAGACAGCCACUGAUCUUUUCCGUUCGGAGAGAACACAUAAAAGAACAAUGGGUGCCAUGUAUUGGCAGUUGAAUGAUGCCUGGGUUGCACCCACUUGGUCGAGCAUUGACUAUUUUGGAAAUUAUAAGUUACUUUGGUAUUGGUCCCGGGAGUUUAUGGCUCCAAUUGCAAUUACUGCCCUGAUCGACAGCAAAAAUGAUCGCAUAAACAUCACAGUUACCAAAGACGAACAUGUGGAUGAUAUAGAGAAGCCGGAAUCGUAUAAUAUAACCAUAUACACGUAUUUAUGGUCUGAAUUAUAUUUUAGACGUUCCAAUUCGUUUGAAAUAUCUGUGACCACAAAUGGCAUGUAUAAGCUUUAUAUAGAGCUGUCGCAGGUUUUCAAUCAAAUAUUUACAAUCAAUAAUAGCUUUUUGAAAUUCAAUUUGGUCAAGGAUGAGAGAACUCUGGCCAGCACCUAUAUUUUCCCCACCAAAUUCCAUCAGGUUGUGGGAAUGACCGAUCCUCAAUUGGAGAUCCAAUUUGUCUCAGACAAUUGCCAGGAUAAAAACAAUAAAAUUCGUACAAUUUAUUAUAGUUUCAUCAUUUCGGUAAAGAAACCAGCCGUUUUUGUGUAUUUGGAACUCUACCAUCCGGAAGUGCAUAAAUACAAAUUUUCGGAAAAUGGUUUCGUCCUAACUGAGCCCAUAAAAAUAAUACACGCCGAAAUUGAGUUGAAAAAUGAAUAUUGCAUCAAGUUAUCGGCGGAUCAUGUCAAAGUCUUUCACCUGAAUCAAUUGUAUGCCGGUUCUUCGGGAAUUGGCUACUCAACUAGUGAACGUCCAAACUUUUCAGAUAUUACCGCCAAUAACAAUACGGAGAAUGGUGAAGGCGUGACUUCUACGUCGGCUCGACCAACAACAACGGAAGCUGAAGGAAUCACAGCAGAUUGAAAUUAAAUUAGAAAUAUUUUAAUAUAAUAUUUAAAAAUAAAUAUUUUACUGAUCGAAAGGAAAUAUCCGGACACUUAUAUAAACAUAUGU